UAACUACAUUUUCUGUGGCGGGAAGGACACUAGGACAAUCAUGGAGAGUUCAGCAGUUUCCUCUAUAGCGGCCAGCAUUAAUCAUCAAGAAGCUCUCACAGAAGAAGAAAACAUAGGCCCGCAGCCAAUAGUCAAGCUAGAGGGAAGCGGUAUAAGUGCCAACGAUGUAAAGAAGCUAUCAGAGGCUGGCUAUCAUACAGUAGAAUCGGUUGCAUACGCUCCUAAAAAAGCUCUUUUAGUCAUCAAAGGUAUCAGCGAGGCCAAGGCCGACAAGAUACAAAACGAAGCGGCUAAACUAGUCCCAAUGGGUUUCACGACUGCGACAGAGUUUCACCGUAGACGUUCAGAAAUAAUACAAAUCACGACCGGAUCAAAAGAACUGGAUACAUUACUAAAAGGUGGCAUUGAAACUGGUUCUAUUACUGAAAUAUUUGGCGAGUUCAGAACCGGAAAGACUCAGCUAUGUCACAUGCUAGCAGUCACUUGUCAGUUACCUAUAGACAAUGGCGGUGGAGAGGGUAAGUGUCUCUAUAUUGACUCAGAAGGAACUUUCCGUCCAGAGAGACUCCUAGCAGUUGCCGAGAGGUAUAAUUUAUCUGGUGCUGAUGUACUGGAUAAUGUUGCAUACGCAAGAGCUUAUAACACCGACCAUCAGUCUCAGCUCCUAUUGCAAGCAGCUGCCAUGAUGUCAGAAACAAGAUAUGCACUACUAGUGGUUGAUAGUGCUACUGCACUUUAUAGAACGGAUUACUCUGGAAGAGGAGAGCUCAGCGCCCGUCAGAUGCACCUGGCGCGGUUUCUGCGGACUCUAUUAAGACUCUCAGACGAGUUUGGCGUGGCUGUUGUCAUUACUAAUCAAGUUGUUGCUCAAGUUGAUGGAGCAGCUGCAAUGUUUUCGGCCGACCCAAAGAAACCGAUUGGUGGAAAUAUAAUCGCCCACGCUUCAACCACUAGACUAUAUUUAAGGAAAGGUCGUGGCGAAACUCGUAUAUGCAAGAUCUAUGACUCUCCCUGCCUCCCUGAGGCAGAAGCAAUGUUUGCUAUUAAUGCUGAUGGUAUUGGAGAUGCAAAAGAUUAAUUAUAAUAAUUAUUAUACAAUAAUGAAUGGUAAUGCUGGUGUACACUGUCUGAGAUAUUGUACAAUGUAAUUAUAAUCUUAUCCCUCUCACUCUCUCUUCCCACCUUGACUGUGUAUGUACGUGUAUGUUACCUUACCUAUUAUCUAAAAAAUUACAUGUAUUAUUAUUAUUAUUAUUAUUAUUGUCACAAUUUUAUGUCACAAUUAUUAAAAGAACAAACCAA